UGUCUCCAAGGAGAGGAGAGGAAAGCAGAGCAGGGAGGCUGACGGCCAUGCCAAGUUCCCCGGCCACUGGUAGUGGCGGGUGGGAGGCAGCCAGACUGACCCGUCCAGCCCUGGGGGCGAGAGAAGUGUCCUCACCUCCCCCGUCCCAGGAGGUACUGAACUCUGAGUGGGCUGGGCAGCCUGAGGGUGAAGUUGCUGCAAGGCCACCAAGUAGGGAAAGUUCUGGCAGGGACUAAGGAAUGUGGGGGAGCCGAGGGCCCAGCCCAGAGGCUAAAGCCAGCAGCAAGCAGCAGAGCCGGAAGUCCUGGGCUCUCCGAAGGUGGAAGGGGACCUCCCCUACCCCGAAUCCAGGAGGUCUGGGCCAAGACCUAGCAGGUAGCAGGAGUAUAGAGGCAGCAGCGGGAGAGCAGAGGUGCCCACCUCCCCCCAGCUGCAGUGCCAGCCAUGUCUCAGCAGGGGGAAUACAGGAGGAGGCCUGGGACCCCAGGGCUUCCUGUGCGCAGCAUCCGGCCCUUCAAGUCCAGUGAGCAGUACCUGGAGGCCAUGAAGGAAGACCUGGCUGAGUGGCUGCGGGAUCUCUACGGGCUAGACAUUGACGCAGCCAACUUCCUGCAAGUUCUGGAGACGGGCCUGGUGCUCUGCCAGCAUGCCAACAACGUCACUGAGGCUGCUCUGGCCUUCCUGGCUGAGGAACCUGUCCAAGCCCAAAGGAUUCCCAUGCCCCGGACUGGGGUUUCCUGCAAUGGGGCCGCCCAGCCGCGUACCUUCCAGGCCAGGGACAAUGUCUCCAACUUCAUCCAGUGGUGCCGCAAGGAGAUGGGCAUCCAAGAGGUGCUGAUGUUCGAGACUGAGGACUUAGUGCUGCGCAAGAACGUGAAGAAUGUGGUGCUGUGCUUGUUGGAACUGGGCCGUCGCGCCUGGCGCUUCGGCGUGGCGGCACCCACUCUGGUGCACUUGGAGGAGGAGAUCGAUGAGGAGCUGCGACAUGAGCUGGCCUUGCCCCCACCCGACCCCCCACCGCCUGCGCCUCCCAAGCGCCAUCCCUGCCACUUCCGUAACCUGGACCAGAUGGUGCAGAGCCUGGUGAGCCACUGUACAUGCCCAGUGCAGUUCUCCAUGGUCAAGUUGUCUGAGGGGAAGUACCAAGUAGGGGACUCCAACACCCUCAUCUUCAUACGGAUCCUCCGGAACCAUGUGAUGGUGCGUGUAGGGGGCGGCUGGGACACGCUUAGCCAUUAUCUGGACAAACAUGACCCCUGCCGGUGUACAUCCCUCUCCCACAAACAGGGCAGCUUCCUGAAGCCCCCAGGUUCACUGGUGCAGCAUAAAGUGAGGGUGCAGGAGAGACCCUUGCGGCUCCAGCCCACAAUGACCGUCAGCCGCUCACAGAGCCCGAAGCCGCCUCCGGUCGACUGGAAGACAUACACCUCUUCAGGCCAAAGGUUGAAGCCUGCUACUUCCCCCUCUCCCAGACCCUGCAAUGAACAGGGAGUGGGGGCAGGGGACCUCAGAGAGAUGGCUUCAUUCCUAAGGUCCCAGGAAAGGCUACUCACCCCAUCUCGAAGGCAGCUACCAGCAGGAGGCAGUCCACGCAGCCCCCAAUUCUCAUCUACCCACAGGAGUCGAGACCCACAAUGCACUCCAUUAGGGAAGAGAGAGGACAAAUCCCCGAGUGACCUCUCCAGGGGAAGGACUCCCACAUCUUGGGUUCAUGAGGAGAAAUCCAGCCAGGGAAUCCAUGCCAGGGUCCCUACCCCCAAGAGACUCCAAGAGGCCACCACCAAAGGGACAUUAGUAAGAAGACCUUCUCUCCUGUCUUGUCCCUCUGGCGCAGCCCAGCCCUCAGGCCUCAGGCUGCCACUUCAGAGUGAGGCUGAGGGUGCUUCCCCCCAACUCAGGGAACUGGCAUCAGUUCGUUCUCCAUCCCCUGUCAAAGGACUCACCAGGAUCCCCAUCCAGUGGUCCCCUGCCCACCCCUCCACCCCAGGAAGCAGCUUUCCAGGCACUGCAAGUGGAGGUCCCAUGGCAGAACCAGAGAGAGGCCCCAGUCCAUUAAGGGUUGUCGCUGGGGACCUGGCUAGGUCCAGACAUGGGGACUGCUCUGUAGAAGCGAGGCAGAGAGACCAGCAGACAAACAACCAGGUCCCUCCAGAGACGGGAGCACCCCAGGGCCUGAGCCAACAGGAGUGGGAAGGGAGGUCCACACCACUGGCCUUGGGCAGAAUCAAAGAGAAAGACAUCUACUGUAGCCUUGAAGAGGACAUUGUGGCCAACAUGAAGCUACUAGAGGUGGGGGGUGCCCAUCCCCAGAGUACAAGGUCUCGAGUUAUCCCUCGUAGUGGAGUCUAUGUCCCCAGUCUGGGCGGGCAGUGGCCUGAGCCUGGAGGUCCUUAUGACAAAGUCAUCCAAGAACUGGCUCAGGGACCCCCACUCCUUCUUAAAGUGGAUCUGGAAGCCUGGAAGGGAGUCCCUAGAAACUCCCUUAAGCCAACUGUUAGCACAGGCCCUGGAAACCCAAAAGGGGAGCUAGGAGCCAGAGAGAGUGAGCCAAGGGCAAGAGCAAACCCAAGUGCCAUGGGCACCAGGAUGAGGGAAAUCUCACCUCCAAGAAGGCAGGACUGCUCAGGCCCGACUGUGUCUGCCAGCCUGGAGGCCCCCAGUUCUGACAAAGCCAAGGCAUGCCUGGGCAAAGGCAAGAGAACACUCCGGAAGCCCCAGAGAAUCCCGUCCAUCUACAAGCUGAAGCUGAGGCCCAGAAUCCGGCCCCGGAGAGACCACAGACCUGAGAAACGGCCUUCCCGAAUCCCCAAGCCACUGGCCUACCUCCAUCUGGGUUUGGCCAGGGCGCCCCCCAAGGGCAAGCUCUUGAGAGUUGCACUGGGCAGCCAGGACGGGGAGGCAUCUCAGAUGGAUGGAGCUUCAGCGGGCAAGGAGAAGAAAGAGCCAGUCACCCCCAAGCAAAGCAGCCCCCAGCCUCAAGUAAGGCAGCUGAAUCAAGUCCCACUCCUACCAGAGGAAGAAUCUUGGGUCUGAGGAGCCUAAGGAUUGGGGAGAAAGGAAGCAAAAGAAUGCCCAAGUAUUUGAGAAGAGAAGGGAAAUUCCCUCACCUCAAAACAGGGCCUUGGCCAGGGGCAGACCAGAUGAUAAACAUAGACUCAAACUGUUCAGAUGAGCAAACAGGCAACAUACUAUUUCUAUUCCAGCAUUAGGCCAGGGGUAGUGGGGUGAUCCUAUAUCUUAUUGUCCUCCCUCAAAUAAGCUCCCUAACUCCUGGCCUCUGGCCAUGCCCACCUGUUUCCACAACUGUAAGUUUUUCAACACAUGUGGAAUCUGUCCUUGAGCCCCAAGCUUCUUGAGUCCCUCAGCAUUGUGGAGGUUCAGGAAGGUGUGUCUUCAAGCAUUAUCCCAUGCGACAGGUGGGGACAAGGUGGAGGGAGCCUUUCUCUACUCGGGUUCAGCCCACCUUGCCCAACAGUCUUCUCUUUCCUGGAGGUGGCAGGCUGUCAACACCAUAGAGAGGGACAAGGGCAGCCCAAUGCAAAGGCUUCUUCAGGCCACCCUUGCCAAGGACUCCAAAGCUCUGAAGGGUCAACUGGUUGGUGCAGAGUGUUCCUAACACAUUUAUGUCCAAGAAGUUAAGAUUGAGAGACCACAGAAUCUCAGCCCUGAAUGGGAAGGAACAGAUGCAGAAGCAGUUGGGGCUGAGUCUUGUUAUGAAAAAUUUCCAGAGAGUGGCAAGCAGAAAAGUUGUUUCCCUCCUGGAUGGUUUCCGUGAAUUGAAGGGUUUUGGGUUGGGUGAAAAGGAGAAGUCUCCCACUCUUAUCCUUUGAUCUCUUGGUUGACCUGGCCUUUGGGACUGAGGGCUAUCUCAUUACCCUCACUCCUCUUUCACACAGAGCUCAGAAGGCAGGCACCCUCCACUUCCCUCCCUCCAUGAGGAAAAGCCAGUCGACACCUUGGUACAGAAACAAGGGAAAACACUCCCUGAUUUUUAAUCUGACUUCCAAUAACAGCUCAAUGGGCAUCACACACACUUCCAGACCCUGUGGUGGGAAACCCUGGUGGGGGAAUUGGGGGAGGACAGAGACUCAAAAUGGGUGCAGAGGGACCUGAAAUCCAAGACCUGGAGUGAAGUGGUGGUGGUGAGAGGGGUUGGACAGAGGGUACUUUCCCAUGGCUCCCACGGGGGCAGCCAGAGGCCUGGGUCCCCACCCUCACCUCAGGAACCUCAGAGUUGUGGGUAAUAGGGCAGAUGAGAUGCUGUCAUCCUUAACCCUACCUCCCGCUGGGCCAGGAGGUGGGGGCACAGGAGACAGGAGGAGGCAGGCCCUCUUCCUUACCCUCCCAGCCACUCCUAAAAGUGUGGGGAAGGGGAGCCACCUCCUCUGUUUUAGAGCGGGGCUCAGAGAGAGCAAGUCACUUGCCCAAAGCAAGUAGCACAGUGAGACUAGAACCCAGGAAUACUGGACUGCCCAAGGUCAGGGCUGUUGCUCUAGGGCUGUGCUGCCUCCAGCGAGUGGAGGGAGUGGGAAUCGGUGGGUGGGGGGAGCUGGAGAGAAUCACAGAUUCCCUCCCUUACUGAAUAUCCAUAAUAAAUUCCCCACCCACAGCCCUUA